AUGUCUACUUCAACUUCUGAAACUCCUCAAAAACAUACAAUUGGAUUGAUAACAGCGAUUUCCUAUACCGUUGGAGAUAUUGUGGGAUCAGGAAUUUUCAUCUCCCCAACUUCAAUUUUGAACCAUGCUGGAUCAGUUGGAAUAUCGCUUUGUUUAUGGGCUCUUUGUGCAUGUAUUUCACUUUUUGGUGCAUUGUCCUACGUGGAAUUGGGUACCACAAUACGAAAAUCUGGCUGUGAUUUUGCAUAUUUAUCACAUUUUGGGUGGCGUCCCUUAGCAUCAUCUUUCAUGUGGGUAUCCACAUGUCUUUCCUAUCCAGCAGUACUGGCAAUUCAGGCAAUUUCAUUCGGGGAGUAUAUUGUAACAGGCCUGGACAGUUGGAUUACUGUAGAUGAACCCUAUCGAUUUAUGACUUAUCGGUUGGUAGGAUUCUCAAUGCUAUGGCCUCUAAUGCUCCUAAACUUCUUUUCGCUGAAAAAAGUUGCUGGAGCUUUUCAAAUUGUGGCCACUGCUGUAAAAUUAAUCGUCGCAUCAGUUAUCAUUUUCACCGGACUUUAUCAUAUCAUUUUCAAAAAACAAACCCAAAAUUUCAAUAAUUCAUUUCAAGGAUCGGAUUGGAAUCCUGGGAACUUAGUACUGGGUGUGUAUUCGGGACUUUUUGCCUAUAAUGGAUGGGAUGUGCUCAAUUUCGGAGCCGAGGAGAUUGAGAAUCCGAGAAGAACAAUGCCAAUAGCUGCUAUCAGUGGAAUCGCCAUCUCCGCCACUGUUUUCAUCCUUAUGAACGUCUCCUAUUUUUCGGUUUUAUCCGUGGAAGAUUUUAAAAACUCGCCGGCGGUGGCAGUGACUUUCGCCGAGAGAACCCUUGGCGGUUUCCACUACGCCAUCCCGUUUUUGAUUUCAUUGCUUUUGAUAGGAAGUAUGAAUACCACGAUUUUCGCCAGUAGUCGUUAUAUGUAUUCUGGAGCGCAGAGGUCGGUUAUGCCGAGUCCGUUGAGAGGGAUACAUAACAAAACGAGAAGCCCAAGAUUGGCAGUUUUUGCAGAACUUCGUGGCAAUUUGAAGACUAAAGACAGCUUUGAAGUCCCAAUUUUCGUGCCAAUUAUAUUUUUUGUAAUUUGCAUUGCUCUUCUAGUUAUUCCGAUCACUCAGAACUACCACGUGGCAAUCUACGGGCUCAGCAUGACUGCGGGUGGAGCCCUAAUUUAUAUUGUGUUCAUCUAUCCCAAAGUGCUACCGAAAUUUUUAUACCAAAUUAACAAUUCGAUUGUUAAGUUUUCGCAAAUUAUUUUUAAUUGUGUCAUUGAGAAAUUCGUUGAUUCUAGUGAAGAGGAAGACGAGUUUUCAGAGGAAUCUUCGAUUCUGAAGCUCAAAUUUUAA